UUAUUAAAUUAUUUGUAGACUUAACUCCAACUAACCACCUUAACCUCUAUUUUACUUACUGUAGCAUAUCAUAUUUUUCUAUAUAUAUGUGUCAUCCAACCCUGAUAUCCUCAACCAAAAAAAGUCUCAAGUCCAGACAAUUCUACUACCUCAGAAGAGCUUAGUGAUCUACCACUAUGAACACCAUGCUGGCUUAUCUCUUUAAACUACCCCUUUGUCUUGAAACCACCCAACAAACCUUCUUUGCUCUUGUCUUAUCUUUCUUGCUCUAUUGUCUACUACACUUAUGGUUGGUCCCUGGAGGCUUUGCAUGGCGAAGUUACAACCUGAAUUCGGUACCUAAACUCAGGGGGCCAUCAGGUUGGCCUGUGUUGGGGACAUUGCCUCAAAUGGGUCAUUUAGCCCAUCGUAAACUAGCCAAUAUAGCAGCUUCUAUGGGCUGCACUAGGCUCAUGGCAAUGAGUUUGGGCGCCACACCUGUGAUCAUUAGUAGCAACCCUGAAACUGCCAGGGAAAUCUUAUGCUCACCUUCAUUCUCAGACCGUCCCAUAAAACCCUCUGCUCGUUUGCUGAUGUUUGAACGAGCCAUUGGGUUUGCUCCUCAUGGCACCUACUGGCGCCAUCUGAGGAGGAUAUCGGCAAAUCACAUGUUCUCUCCUAGGAGAAUAUCGAGCCUUGAAGGGGUUCGACAAUGCCUAGCUGAUGCAAUGUCAGUAAAUGUGUUGAAGGAGAUGAAGGGUAGAGGAUUCGUGGAGUUGAGAGGGAUAUUACAGGGAGUCUCUUUGAAGAACAUGCUGGAAAGUGUUUUCGGGAGUAACUUGGGUAGUGAAGGGAAGGAGUUAGGGUUGAUGGUGAGGGAAGGUUAUGAGUUAAUUUCUGAAUUCAAUCUGGAGGAAUAUUUUCCUUUCAGUUUUUUGGACUUCUAUGGAGUAAAAAGAAGAUGUCAUAAGUUAGCUUACAGGGUCAGUGAACUUCUAAGUCAUAUCAUCAAACUUAGAGAAAAAGAUGUUAACUUUAAGAGGAGAAAUGACUUCCUAAGUGUGUUGCUAUCUUUGCCUGAAGAAGAACAACUAAGUCAUUCUGAUAUGGUGGCUGUCUUAUGGGAAACAAUCUUUAGAGGAGCUGACACAGUAGCCACACUUCUUGAAUGGAUCAUGGCUAGAAUGGUGCUACACCAAGAUGUCCAAGCAAAGGCUCAAGAAGAGCUAGACUUGUGCAUUGGUAACAGCCAGAGGCAAGUCCAGGAUUCGGAUCUCCAACAUCUACCCUUCCUUCAAGCCAUAGUCAAGGAGGUCCUCAGGCUUCACCCGCCGGGUCCUCUGCUAUCAUGGGCCCGGUUAGCAAUCCACGAUGUCCAUGUCGACAAGGUUAGGAUUCCAGCUGGCACAACAGCAAUGGUCAACAUGUGGGCCAUAACUCAUGACCCAACCAUAUGGGCUGACCCAUGGGCCUUUAACCCCAUGAGGUUCAUCAAUGAGGAUGUUUCGAUCAUGGGCUCGGAUUUAAGGCUUGCACCAUUUGGAUCAGGCCGUAGGGUAUGCCCUGGAAGAGCAUUGGGCUUGGCCACCGUCCAUCUAUGGUUAGCCCGAAUGCUUCACCAAUUUAACUGGUUCCCAGCCCCACUUGCCUCCGUGGAUCUUUCGGAGUGCUUGAGGCUUUCACUUGAAAUGAAGAAACCAUUGGCUUGCUUGGUGGUUCCUCGUAACAACGACGUAAAACUUGCUUAAUGUAUUUUGUACUUUCCGUGAUUUAAUUUAGGUAGAAUUAAGUCAUGAAUUAUCAUGAUUAAUCUGAGCUCAUUAGAGUUGGAAGUUAAGAAAUUGUAGUAGGACUUAAUCACAAAGAUAGAUCAGCUUUAUGUCUGAGAAACUUUGGUAGUUUGUUGCUAUAAUAUAACUAAUAAUGAAUAUGAUGUCUCUAAUUAUAA